AUGGUUCUCCGGAUCAGACUUGCCCGCUUUGGCAACAAGCACAACCCUUUCUACAACAUCGUCGUCGCACAGGCCCGCUCCGCCCGUGGCGCCAAGCCCCUCGAAGUCAUCGGCACCUACAACCCCAUCCCGAAGCGUCCCACGAACUUGUACAAUGAGAAUGCCAAUGCUCGCCCAUACAAGGAGGUAGCUCUCGACCGCUCGCGCGCACAGUACUGGCUCGGUGUUGGGGCGCAGCCUAGUGAUCCUGUCUGGAAGCUGUUGGGCAUGGGUGGCCUCGUGGUUCCUAAACCUACUACCUUCCACAAGGCCUGA